UUCCUGACAGGAAGCUGAGCGAAGGGCUGCUGGCGACGCUCGCUCUGAGACCCGAGUUCUCGCUCUUCAGAUCAUAUCUCAUCGAUUACAACCUGACAGACGAGAUCGAACACGCCGAUGAAUUCACCAUCUUCGCGCCGACAGACGCUGCCAUCAACGAUUACCUGAAGAAAAUGGCUGCUACUGCCCUGGAUGUGAAUACGACUCGUUACCAUGUGGUGGCAGCAGAGCGUCUGUUAAAGACUGACCUGCAGCCCGGUGGAUACAAACAGACGCUGCUCGGAUUCUCCUUCCAGCUCGGCAUCUUCCCCCGAGACGGAAAGCUGUUUGUGAACGACGCUCAGAUAAACUCCUCCAACAUCCUGAGCGGUAAAGGAGUGAUCCAUGGUCUGUCGGCUGUUCUACAGAUCAACAGGAACCGCUGCGACGAAGCAACGUACCAGAAAGUCCCGGGAACGUGUGUCGACUGUUUGUUCCCACAAGGCAAAAUCUGUCCUAAUGACACCGUCCCAGACAGAUCAGCCAGGACCAGGAAGUGUAUGUUCACUCGGGUGUUUGAGGAGGAGCGUCUGCUGACCCUCGGCUGCAGAGCCACCUGCCUUCAGAAGAACAUUGUGCGCAGGUGUUGUGGAGGGUUUUUCGGGGAGCGCUGCGAGCCAUGUCCCGGUCUGCAGGGUCGUCCCUGCUUUGGUAAUGGAGCGUGUUUGGACGGGAUCAACGGGACCGGAGUGUGUCGGUGUAACAGAGGGUUCAAUGGGACGGCCUGUGAGACCUGUCAGAGCGGGAAAUAUGGAGUCCACUGCGACCAGGACUGUGGCUGUAAAAAUGGCCGCUGUAACGAAGGACCAGCAGGAGACGGCACGUGUGAGUGUGACGUCGGCUGGAGAGGAGUCCUCUGUGACGAGAAGUUUGAGUCUAAAGCUGAUGAACUGUGCGGCUCAGUCAAAUGUCACACCAGCGCAAACUGUGUGAUUGGACCGUCCGGACCUCAGUGUCUCUGUGCUGCAGGAUUUGAAGGAAACGGAACCGUCUGUCAAGCGAAGGACGCGUGUGCGGUGGAUAAUGGCGGCUGCAGUCUGUACGCCGUCUGUAAAAGGACUCGACCUGGACGCAGAGACUGUGUCUGUAACAGCGGAUACUCCGGAGACGGACUCAUUUGUGUCGAGAUAAAUCCGUGUCUGGAGGGAAACGGAGGCUGUCAUGUCAACGCAGACUGCGUUCACGUCGGACCGAACAAAACUUCCUGUUCCUGCAGUGACGGUUAUUCCGGUGAUGGACAGAGCUGUCAGAUGAUCAACUUGUGUCGAAAGAAAAAUGGAGGCUGCCACCAGUUCGCCGUGUGUAAUAUGACCAGUCCAGGUGUUCGUACCUGCACGUGCGCCAACAGCUUCAUCGGAGACGGUCUGAGCUGCAGAGGCACCGUGGGGAAGGAAAUCCUGACGAGGAAGCACAGAGACUUCUACCUGGGUCUGAUGAUGGUGGAGAUUUCUCUGAAAGGUCGAGGCCCGUUCACCGUCUUUGCUCCGAGCAGCGACGCCUUCAGCGCCGACAAAGACAAGAUGAAGUCGUUGAUGUCGGAGAAAAGUAAAGAGCAGUUCGCCUCCAUUCUGCGCAGCCACAUCGUCAUGUGUCACACUCUGCUGCCCGUCGACCUGAGCCAACCCCGAAACCUGACGUCGCUGUCCGGACUCGUCUUGACCACCAGCUCUGUCCAGGGAAACAUCUUCAUCAACCAGGCGAACGUGACAUACAGCCACGACGUCAGCAUCAACGGGAUCUUCCAUGAGAUUAACAGGAUCCUGUUUCCUCCAGACUUGAUCAAGGGUCCAGACGUUCCUCUGAACCUGACCGACGUGGCUGAACGUCACGGCUAUAAAACCUUUUACAAACUGCUCCAGGACACAGGUGUGAUGGACCUGGUGAACGAUGGGAUGUAUCAGCCUGUGACCAUCUUCCUGCCCUCAGAUGCCAUCAUGGCGUCUCUGCCGCAGGAGCAGAAGGACUUCCUGUUCCAUCAACACAACCGACCUCAGCUGGUAGAGUACCUGAAGUACCACAUCCUGCAGGCACAGAAGAUUUACGCUGAAGGUCUGAUCCACUUGGACUCAGGUCGGACUCUGCAGGGUUCGCCGCUCUCCUUCACCUGUGGAGGAAUGGACGAUAUCGGAGAAAUCUUUGUGAAUGACGAGAAGUGUCGGAUCGUUCAGAGACACCUCGUCUUUAACGGCGGGAUCGCCUAUGGCAUCGACUGCCUGUUGACUCCGCCCAGCCUCGGAGGACGCUGCGAUGAACAGACGACCUUUGAUCUCCAGAUGAGUUGUGGACUGUGCAUCUCCUCAGCUUCUCGCUGUCCCAGAGGAUCCAAACUAAAGGAGAUUCAGAAGUGCGACCUUCCCACCAUGUUUGUCACUAAAAACUCGGGCUGUCGCAGCAUCUGCACCGUCAACUUCUGGCAGCCAAAGUGUUGCCAUGGUUACCACGGACGAGACUGUCUGGUGUGUCCUGGCGGCGUGGGCUCUCCCUGCAGUAACCGUGGUAAAUGUGACGACGGUCACCUUGGUAACGGAACAUGUACCUGUGACGCCGGUUUCGGGGGCGUGGCCUGCGAGCGGUGCAGCGACAGGUUUUACGGUUCAACCUGUAAAGCCUGUAACUGCUCAGAACACGGGUCAUGUGACGAUGGACGCAGAGGUACGGGGGCGUGUCUGUGUGAGGCAGGAUGGACUGGAGAGCGAUGUGACGCGGAGCAGACUGAAGUCUUCAGGUGUUCUCCGCCCUGUUCUCCAAAGGCUGUUUGUAAGGAAAACAACACCUGCGUCUGUCGGCCAUUUUAUGAAGGAGAUGGGUUCACCUGUAUAGUUGUAGACAUGUGUCAGGUCUGGAACGGCGGCUGUGCCAAAGGAGCCAAAUGUUCUCAGAAAGGAGAGAAGGUGAGCUGCACCUGUCCUAAAGGUCACUCUGGAGAUGGCUUCACCUGUCAGCCCAUUGACCCCUGCAUCUCUGGGGACAACGGAGGCUGCCAUGAACACGCCACCUGCACCAUGACGGCUCCGGGGAAGAAGAAGUGCACCUGUAAAGACAACUACGUCGGAGACGGACUCACCUGUGAGGUCAAACAGCUGCUGAUCAGCCGCUGUCUCCAAGACAACGGGCGAUGUCAUCAGGACGCCAAAUGUACAGACCUGCACUUUGAAGAUGCGACGCUUGGUGUGUUUCACUACCGCUCAGAUAAAGGUCAGUACAAACUGAACUUCACCGCAGCUCAGCAGGCCUGCACUGCAGAGGGAGGCAGCCUGGCCACCUACACUCAGCUGUCCUACGCUCAGCAGGGCGGGAUGAACAUGUGCGCCGCCGGCUGGUUGGACCAGGCCCGAGUGGCGUACCCCACCACCUACUCCAACCCCAAUUGUGGCUUCGGACACGUCGGCAUCGUGGACUACGGAGUCCGCAAGAACCUGAGCGAGACCUGGGACACGUUCUGCUACAGGAUGAAGGAGGUGAAGUGCGAGUGUAAGACCGGCUACGUUGGUGACGGCUUCGCCUGCACAGGAAACCUGCUGCAGGUGCUCAGAGCCACGCCCACCUUUUCCAACUUCCUCACACAAAUCCUGAAUUACUCUGAGUCGUCAGAGUCCGGGAGACAGUUUGUGAAGCGUCUCAGUAACCUGACGGUCCAGUCCACGCUGUUCGUCGCCAACAAUGACGGCCUCCCUGACAACCAGACUUUGUCUCAGAGGGACAUUGAGUUCCACCUGUCCGAGGGUCAGGCGCUGCCUCUCAGCCAGUUGAAGAACGGCAGUCGGAUCAGGACCAGAGUCGGGACUCUGACCGUCCUUGGAGUCGCAGACCUGCUCGAUCCCUCGGCUCUGUCGUCUCGUUACGUCAACGACCGCUUCGUCACCAGCUCAGACAUCCUGGCCUCAAACGGGAUCAUACAUGUUCUCCAGGGCCCCCUGAAAGCCCCGCCUCCUCGCCACGAGAUGCACGUGGUGCACAAGGCGGGGAUGGGGGUCGGAGUGGUGCUGCUGAUCAUCCUGGUUGGGGGGGUCGUCUUCGUCGGCUACCACUUCUACACCCACACCUCCAAACCCUUCCACUUCCACUACUUCAAGGAGGAGGAGGAGGAGGAGGCGGCUCCACCUGCAGAUGGCGGUCGCAGCAUCUGUAACCCAGUUUACGAAGCAGCUCCAGAAACGCCUGACGUCCCAGUGGAGGACAAACACGAGGUGGUGAACGGAGGAGCGUACGACCUGCUGCAGGACAGCUGAGGCUAAACUCUCUGCUGACGUCUGCUCCGAGUUUUCUCCUCUAAACUGAUGAAACUCUGGCUCUUGGUUCAGGUGAAGUGACGGGCUCAGGCAGCAGGUGGAGGACCCACUCUCACAGAAAACCAACAGUCAUGAUGCGUUCAGGUGCUCUCAGGUGUUUCUGUCGAGGAACGUUUCGGUUUCUCGUCUGAUUGGUUUAGAAAAUGUAAACUUUGUUUUUACCCUUUGAGUUUUAUGAAUCUGUAGACAUGAAAAAAUGAAUCAUUUGUAACUGAAAAGAUCAAUGUUGAUUUAAAAAAAAUGCUCCAUUUUGUUUGUAGUGUUUUUUUCCCCAUCAAAUAAAAUCCAACAGGAAAUGAAAACCUCAGAGAAAUGUCACAGUAGUGAUAUAUAGAAAUGUUUCUGGUUAAACUAAAAGGAUCUUCCUCUUUGAUAAAAAGCUCUGUCUCUGUAGGAGUCCUCUCCAUGAUGUUGUCAGACACUUAGAAUAACAAUCUGAACCUGAUGGUCAUUAAACAUGACUGAAGCUGA